GGUUAGCGUAGAGCCGUAGGUGACACCAGAUCACACAAUCGUGUGAAAAUUUUUGGUUUAUCGAUAAAUAUUAAUUAAAAUUUCGACUGUGCAGACAAUAUGGAAACGUUGUAUCAUCAGACUAAUAAAUUAAUACAGGAAACGCAACAUCUUUUUUCGCAACUGGAAAGAAAAUCAUCUAAUGCAGAUCUAGAGGAAGUGAAGGAGUCUAUAGAAAGCAAACUCAAUCUUAUCAACAGUAAUUGCGAGCGACUCGAUGUGCUAUGUCUCAAGGGACCUGUGUCGCAGAGACAGAAUGCCAGAAUGAGAGUUGAUCAGUUGAAAUACGACAGCCGUCAUCUCGCCGCUGCUUUAAAUUCAUUGUGCGCCCGUAUGAUCCGGCAGCAAAGAGAAGAAGCAGAAAGAGAGGCCUUGCUGGCUAGAAAGUUUACCAGCAACGAUCAUGUAGAUAUUUUAAUUGAUCACACUCUCCAACAUAAUAAUAGUAUGCAUAAUGCCAUUCAUGGCGUAGAUGAUUUGUUACAUCAGGGAAGUAGUGUCUUAGAUAAUUUAAGAUCUCAAAGAGUAACGUUAAAAGGAGCUCACAAACGUUUGAUAGAUAUCGGUAAUACUUUAGGUCUUUCUAAUACUACUAUGAGGCUCAUAGAACAAAGAGCCAAACAAGAUGGAUUUAUUUUAGUUGCUGGUAUGACUUUCACAUGUAUAGUCAUCAUCUUAGUGAUAGUAUAUCUCACUUAGACACAUUCCAAAGAUUAUUAAAUAUAAUAUAUACAAUACUUAUUAAUAUAUAUAUAUAUAUAUAUAUAUAUAUUAUAACUAUUAAUAAUAAUAUUUAUAUACUAUUACUUUUUCUGUUAUGUUUAACUACUACCGCCUUUUAGAAAGAUAAUGAGUUAAAAACUAUAUAGACAAUUAUUAUAUUAUAUUUAUAUAUCCAUAAAUACAUAUGUAAAUAAUAGUAGACACUAAGGUCUAGGAAAUAACAUUUAUUUUGUACAUUCUAUACUAAAAUAUUUAUAAUAACACUUACAUAUUUAAUCAAAACCAUUAAAAAUUUGUAUAUAUUUCCUUAGGUAUUAAUAAAGAUGUAUGUAUAUUUAUAAUAAAAAAUAUGAAAAUUUUGGGAUUACUGUAUAUGAUAAUCAUAAUAUAAAUUCAUUUGAAAAAAUCAAUUUGUAUAUAGAAAAGGCAUUAAAUUUUUAUUAUAUUUAAUAUUAAUUAUUUGUUUCCACCUUUUUAGUAGAUAUAAAUAAAUAUUUUUAAACAUUAAA